UAAACUAUUCACUGUCGUGAAAUGUCAAAAUACGUACGUAAAGAAAGACAUACUAUUAUCAAAAAUUUAUGUUAAAAAUUUUGGUUUGUGUUUGGUUGUUGAUAAAUAUUUGAUGUGUUUUUCGUUGAAUUUAUUAAAUUUUGAUUAACAUUUUCAUAUAUAUGUCAUCAAACAUUGUUCAUAAACAUAAAUACCCUUGAUACUUUCAUCCUUGGCAACUUCUCAACCAAUAAACACAUUACCAGAAGGUAUGGGAGAUAGUGGCGAUAGUGCUGAUAAUUAUGAUCCGAUUGAUGUGGAUAUGCCACCAGUGAGGGCAGCAUGCCCAAUUUCGGUUGUGUCAAAAAAAUGUAUAAGUAAAUGGAUGGAAAAAAUGGAAGCUGGAAUAUUGUCCAGUACGCAUUUUAAGGAGUAUUGGCGUGUUUGGGUACCACGCAUAUACAGACAUCCAUUCAAUGGGAAUUGUUUAGAAUGGUGUCAUGAUGAGGCCAAAGCACAAAAAUUAUUGUUUUCAAUAUUAGAAGAAUUCAUUUGUAACGGUGAUCCACAAGAAGUCUUAGCAAAAUUAACACAAUUACAUAAACCACCGUCUGUGUGCGGGCGGGUCUUUAAAAUGGGUGAACCUACUUACAGUUGUCGACAGUGUGGUAUGGACGGAACUUGUGUUUUAUGUGUAGAUUGCUUCAAACAAUCAGCACACCGAAAUCAUAAGUACAAGAUGGGCACUUCAUCAGGAGGUGGAUGCUGUGACUGUGGCGACGAUGAGGCGUGGAAAAGUGAACCUUACUGUGAUAUACAUUUAAUAGGUAAACAUGCAAAACAAGACGAAGGACAUGGCUUACCAGAAGAUUUCGUGGAACGAGCUAAAAUCACAUUUGAUGCAGUUUUAUGGUAUGCAUACCAUUUAUUAACAUUAGAACAUAGUCCACGCCUACCGGCUGAACUACAGAUACGAGACUCAGAGCGAGAACCACUUGAAUUCUUAGAAAUACCUGAAGCAUAUUGUACAGUCUUAUACAAUGAUGAAACACAUACAUUUGAACAAGUGAUCAGCACUUUGGCAAGAGUGAUCAAAUGUUCACAACGAGAUGCUAUCGAAUUUGUAACAAACAUCGAUCGAGAAGGUCGAGCUGUUGUAAAAUGUUCAACAUUUCAACACUGUACUGAAUUAAAAACCGAAAUUGAAAAGUAUACGUCACGCCAUGGAAAUCGACCGUUGAAAGUGUCCGUUGUUCAUUCACAUGUCGUGGCACAUCAAAUGUUUGCGAUUAAAUUGUUAGCAUGGUUGCCAACUUUCUUGUCACAUGGGGAAGGAUUGCGUGUUGUUUUUAGCCAAAUAGCUUGUCAAACAAAACCACGAGAUAUCACCUUAAAUAACACAUCAAUUGUUGAAGGAGUGUUACUAAGAGACUCGUAUAUGUGGAAAUCAGCACGAAGUCAUUGGCAUCGUCUUCUGAUUUCUGGGAUGUUGAUGGAGUAUGAUAGCAAGAAAGCUUUAGCUACAAUAUUUACCAAAAAUUAUGGUCACAUUAUGAAAGACUUUAUAAGAGACGAUCAUGACCAUGCAUUUUCUGUGUCAUCGUUGUCAGUACAAUUAUACACAGUACCAACAUUGGCGCAUCAUUUGAUUGCAAACGAAGAUGUACUGUUCAUUUUAUUAAACACAUUUAUAUCGGAAUGUGCCCGCAAGUGUAACACUCAAGGUAAACUUGAAUUCGAGCGAAACACUCCCACUAACACCUUUAAACGAGCACAAUUUAUUUUAUACGACGUCAAGUAUUUAUUAAGUACAAAGCCAAAAGAAUGGACAGAAGAAUUGCGACGAGGAUUCUUUCAAGGUCUUACAAUCAUUUUAAAUUUGCUUACAAUGAUGCAAGGUAUGGAUUCUGUUUCACGACAAGUGGGCCAGCAUAUGGAAUACGAACCUGAAUGGGAAUCUGCAUUUAAUUUACACAUCAAACUUGCAGCUGUGAUUUCACUUGUAUUAGAAUGGUGUGGAUCAGACACGAAAGUAUUAACAAAAACUUACAAAGUUACACUAAAACGUUUAUUAGAGAAUCCAUGUUAUGAUCCAACUCAAGUUGGAGAAGUGCGUGAACUAGCUGAUCAUUCUGCGGCAUGUUUACAAUACGAUGUAGCCAGCCAACCAGUUUCAAUUCAUUUACCACUAUCACGAUUCUUGGCUGGAUUACAUUUGUAUUUGGAAGCUCAUAACUUAAAUUUCGAUACUGCAUUUCAAGGUAUCAAACUUACUCCAGAACAAAUAAUGGAACCAGUUUUACGUACCCAAGUGAUGAUUGCACAGGUACAUGCAGGCAUGUGGCGACGCAAUGGAUACGCUCUAUUAAAUCAAUUAUAUUUUUAUCAUAAUGUAAAGUGUCGAACAGAAAUGUUAGAUCGUGACAUAGUCAUUCUACAAAUUGCAGCUGCACUCAUAGAAAGUAAUGAAUUUUUAAUCCAUGUCAUUAACAAAUUCAAUUUAAUCACUUGGGCAAAUCCUGAUUUUGAAGAAAUUAGUUUAAAGAGCUCCGAAGAAGAUAGUAUGCGCCAAACUAUUAAUUUAGUUGAGGAAUUUUUAGGAUUAUUAAUAACAAUUGUAGGGGAAAGAUAUAUACCAGGAAUUGGUAAAGUGACAGUAGAAGAUCGUAUCAAAAAAGAGAUUGUCCAACAAUUAUGUAUUAAACCUUUACCACGAUCUGAAUUGAAUAAAACCACAACAGAUGAAGUUCUAAGUGACUCUGUUCUAGAUAAUUUAAUUGACGAAGUUGCUACCUUCAAAAAACCUCCUCAAUCGAGUGGUAAAGGUGUUUAUGAAUUAAAACCAGAAUACUAUAACAUGUACAAUGUAUUCUUCUAUCAUUAUACGCGUGAAGAACUUUCUAAAUCUGAAGAAGCACAACGGAAACGUCGAAAAACAGCAAACGAACUAGAAUGUUGCCCACCACCAGAUUUACCUGAACUUACUGAAUCAUUCAGUAUGCUUACGAAUUUACUACAAUCUGAUGUUAUGCUUCAUGUAAUGCGACUUGUUUUACUACGAAGUAUUAAUUUACGCGCACGUAGCUUCUCAGAACCACAAUUGCAUAAAGUUCUCCAUUUAAUUGGAUAUGCUUUACAAGAACAAGCAUCGAAACGUUAUCCAUUUUUAGUAUUUACGGAACGAGCUAAUAAAUGGGAAAUAUUACCUUUAAUGGAGGAAUUAUCAACAAGUGCUCGUGUUGAAUCUCAUAAAGGUCUUUUAUUAUGGACGCUAAAUAAAUAUAAAGAAGUGGCACGACCUGUGGAAUCCACAGAGACUGAAAGCGCAAUGGAAGUGAAUCAACCAGUUGCUGAUAAUUCUAAAGAAGAAAAAGAAUGGCGGGCAAAAAUGGCUGCUGAACGACGUGCUAAGGUUAUGGCUCAAAUGGCAGCAAUGCAAAAUAAUUUUAUGAAAGAAUAUGCUCAACUGUUUAAAGAAAGUGGUACUGAUGUUUUAAAGAAACCGGAAUUUAAUGAAAUCGAAAUGGAUGUAACCGAAGAUAAUGAAGUUCCUAUUUGUUUAGGAAAAAAUCAAACUACUAAAAUGAAUGUGGAACGAACAUACACUUGUAUUUUGUGUCAAGAAGAACAAGCUGUCACUGCUGAUGGAACUGCGUUGGUACUAGCUGGAUUUGUACAACAAUCAACAGUUUUAUGUCAGCAACGCAAUUGGCAACAGAGCAAACCGGAGAAUCCCAUUUUAGAUCCAUUAUUCUUAUCAGCGAAUUUAGGACCUGCUCCACACACUAGCACCUGUGGUCAUGUUAUGCAUAGUCACUGUUGGCAAAAAUAUUUUGAUAAUGUAUUAUUAAAAGAAAAUAGGAGGCCAUAUCGACUUCGCCAUCCAGCGAGUUUUGAUGUAGAAAAACAAGAAUAUUUAUGCCCAUUAUGUGAAUGUUUAAGUAACACAAUUCUACCAUUAAUUCCUCCACUAGGAACACUUCAACCUAAACCUAAAUCGACUGCAGAUAUCACUUUUAAUGAUUGGUUGAAAGGUUUAGAAAUAACCCUUAAUCUUCGAUUAAAAGUUAGUCAUGGAGUUUUUAAAUGUUCUGAAACAUGUGCUGAACUUCAUUGUCAUUGCAGAGAAACAGCUGUGACUAGUAACUCUGAAGCAGAGUUGAAUCCAGUUGAAGAAUGUGACCCAUAUUGUAUAACACAAACUCAUCAAGUAUAUUACGCAUGUCCAAUAGAACAAGUUGUAAAGCGUUUCAAUAGCAAUUCAGUAGGAACAUCGUUCUCAGAAUUAUUUCCAACAAAUACAAAAGUGUUAAGUGAAAAUCUGACUGAAAUGAUUUUACUAUUUUCAAAAGCAACCUAUAUUAAAGGAUUAGGUGUAAAUCCCCAUGUGGGUGAUGGCCGAACACCGUUAUUAGCUUGGAAAUCAUGUGCAUACACUAUUCGUACAAUGGAAAUUCUAUUACGAGAUUUAAAUAAACCUUUAUUAGGUGAUUUAUCGUGCCGUCAAAAAGAUUGUCUAGAAAGUCUUGUAAGAAUCGUUGGAGCGAUUAGUUCCAUUUGGAAGAAACCAAAUGUUAUUGGAAGUCAUGCGUUAAAAAUAUUAACAUUAUUAUUAGAGAAUCCAUUUGAUCCAGAAGGACCUAGCCUAUUAGAUUGGGAUUCAUUUGGUAUGUUAGUCCCACUUGUUUUAUCCUUACCAAGUUUAUUUUGUAAGGAACAAAUAGGAGCUAUUGCUACAGGUGAUGUGCAAGAACAAUACAUAUUUCAUUUAUUGCUACUGUGUCACAUCAGUAAAAUUAUAAUCACUAGUAAAUUUGAAAACGAGGAUACGACAUCUAUGGAAGUUGACAUAGACGACGAUGAAUCAACAACUAAUCAAUUAACAGAAACAGAGCGAAUAUUAUUAAAAAAUAUAUUAAAAAUAGCAAAACCACAAUUAGAAACCACGAAUAUAUCGUUGCAUAAAAUUUGGAGUCGAAUUAAAGACGCUUGUAUACCAUUCUUAAGAUGUUGUGUCCUGUUCUUCCACUUUUUAACAGACGUGCCUGCACCGACUACACUAACUGAAAUUGGUGGGGAUACAUUCACAAAUAUGUGUAAUUAUCUAGGAUUAACUGAUUCAUGUUUAGAUAUUUUACAACCAUUAAUAUCCUGUGAUUUGAUUGCGUUGUGGUGUAAACAUCCAGAAGUAGAAAAAUACAUUCAGGAUAAUACGAGCAAGGAAGUGAUUGAAGAACCAUUAGCAAUAUCACGUUUAGUUUCAUUACCAAAUGAUUACAGUGAAUUAAUAAACACUGUAUCAUUAUUUACAUGUCCAAACAGUGAUCGUGAAGAUUCCAGAAAUCCAACAAUGUGUUUAGCAUGUGGGGAGAUGUUGUGCUCACAAAGUUAUUGUUGUCAAACGGAAUUGAAUAAAACAUUGGUUGGUGCAUGCACCUAUCAUGCAUAUAAAUGUGGUGCUGGCGUUGGAAUCUUCUUACGUGUACGAGAAUGUGAAAUAUUAUUCUUGGCAAGUCCAAAUCGUGGUUGUUUUGUCUCACCCCCAUAUCUAGAUGAUUACGGUGAAACUGAUCAAGGAUUACGACGUGGUAAUCCAUUGCAUUUAUGUGAAGAACGUUAUAAGAAAUUACAUACGCUGUGGCUUAGUCAUCGUUUACACGAAGAAAUUGCACGAGCACUUGAAUCGAAUAAUACCCUCAUGUCCACUCAGUGGCAACAUUUAUAAACAACAACAACAACAAAACUUAAUCAAUCUCAAACGUUGGUCACACAAUAUU